UAUUUUCUUUUUUGUGCAUAUAGGAGUAUAUCAGAUAAGCAGACAAAUCAAAGCUCAUGAUGGCAGUGUGUUCACACUCUGUCAAAUGAGGAAUGGAAUGCUGCUAACUGGAGGUGGGAAAGAUCGAAAGAUCAUCCUGUGGGAUCAUGAUUUGAAUCCUGAAAGGGAAAUUGAGGUUCCUGACCAGUAUGGAACAAUCAGAGCAGUAGCAGAAGGAAAAGCUGAUCAAUUUUUAGUGGGUACUUCACGAAACUUUGUUUUGAGGGGAACGUUUAAUGAUGGUUUUGUAGUGGAGGUACAGGGACAUACAGAUGAGCUCUGGGGACUGGCAUCUCAUCCUUUCAAAGACUUAUUUUUAACAUGUGCCCAAGAUAGGCAAGUUUGUAUGUGGAACUCUGUGGACCACACACUGGAAUGGACCAGGCUGCUAGAUGUAUGUCAACCCUUUAAUUUAAAUAUAAAGCUAGAAAAUGGGAAAAAGCAUUCAAUUUCUGGAACAUUCUUGUCCCACCUGAUUGCAAACAAAAAUCCUAAA